CAUCCCGCCACGCAAUCGUUUCCAUAAAAAUCCCCAAUUCCUACUCUGUUUUCCAAUUCUCAAAUCGAGGAACUAGGUAGAGAGAGAUGGCUAAAGGGAGGACGGAGAUCGAAGUUGGAGCUGAUGGUGUGGCCCUCAUCACCAUCAUCAAUCCUCCGGUCAAUUCUCUUGCCCUGGAUGUGUUGCGUAGUUUGAAGGAGAGCUAUGAUGAAGCUUUGAGAAGAGAUGAUGUUAAAGCAAUUGUUGUCACUGGUGCUGGUGGGAGGUUCUCAGGAGGAUUUGAUAUCAGUGCAUUUGGUGGUAUUCAAGAGGGAAAGGGUGAGCAAGUAAAUGCUGGUUAUAUCUCUAUUGAUAUUGUCACAAACACUUUGGAAGGUGCGAGAAAGCCAUCAGUUGCAGCUAUCGAUGGUCUGGCUCUUGGUGGUGGGCUUGAAGUUGCAAUGGCAUGCCAUGCUCGCAUCUCUACUUCAAAUGCACAACUUGGGUUGCCUGAACUUCAACUUGGAAUUAUACCAGGGUUUGGAGGAACACAACGACUGCCACGCCUUGUGGGCCUUGCUAAGGCCCUUGAAAUGAUGUUGAUGUCCAAGCCUAUAAAAGGGAAGGAGGCCCAUGAGCUGGGCCUGGUUGACGCCAUAGUUCAACCUGGGGAAUUGGUCAAUGCUGCCCGUGCCUGGGCUUUAGACAUUGCCGCGUUUAGAAAACCAUGGAUCAAGAGUCUUCAUAAAACUGACAAGUUAGAACCACUUGGUGAGGCUAGGGAGAUACUGACAUUUGCAAGAGCCCAGGCUCGAAAGCAAGCUGCUAAUCUCCAACACCCGUUGGUCUGCAUUGAUGUUAUUGAUGAGGGUGUUGUGUCAGGGCCUUAUGCAGGGCUUCUGAAGGAGGCACAAUCUUUUGAGGUGCUUCUUCGCUCCGAUACAUGCAAAAGCCUUGUCCAAGUGUUCUUUGCACAACGGGCCACUUCAAAGGUCCCUGGGAUUACUGACUUAGGUUUGAUGCCAAGAAAAAUAAAAAAAGUUGGUAUUCUUGGCGGAGGUCUAAUGGGGUCUGGAAUUGCAACUGCACUAAUAUUGAGUAAUUAUCCUGUUAUACUAAAGGAGGUCAAUGAGAAAUUUCUAAAAGGUGGAAUGGACAGAGUGAAAGCCAAUCUGCAAAGUCGUGUCAAGAAAGGGACAAUGACUCAAGAGAAGCUUGAAAAGACCCUCUCUCUCCUCACAGGUGUUCUAGAUUAUGAAAGCUUCAAAGGCGUGGAUAUGGUCAUUGAGGCAGUUAUUGAGAAUGUGUCCCUAAAGCAACAAAUAUUUGCUGAUCUAGAAAAAUUCUGUCCUCCCCACUGUGUGCUUGCGACAAACACUUCAACUAUAGACUUAAAUUUAAUUGGAGAUAAGAUCAAGUCUCAGGAUCGCAUUGUUGGUGCACAUUUCUUUAGUCCUGCUCAUAUCAUGCCUCUACUGGAAAUAGUACGUACUCAUAAAACAUCACCACAAGUUGUAGUGGACUUACUAGACGUGGGGAAGAAAAUUCGGAAGACACCGGUAGUUGUCGGGAAUUGUACAGGAUUUGCAGUCAAUAGGAUGUUCUUUCCUUAUACACAGUCAGCACACUUACUUGUGGAUCGUGGUUUGGAUGUCUAUAAGAUUGAUCGUGCAAUUACCAAAUUUGGAAUGCCAAUGGGCCCUUUCAGACUUGCUGACUUGGUUGGGUUUGGGGUUGCCUUAGCCACUGGAAGCCAAUACCUUCAAAGCUUUCCUGAAAGAUGCUACAAAUCAAUGCUGAUUCCAAUCAUGGUUGAUGAUAAGAGAGCAGGUGAAGCUUCACGCAAAGGUUUUUACAUUUAUGACGGUAAACGGAAGGCUAGUCCUGAUCCUGAAAUAAAGAAGUAUAUUGAGAAAUCAAGGAGCAUGGCUGGCAGUGCUCCUGAUCCAGAGAUAAUGAAGCUAUCAGAUAAGGAUAUAGUAGAGAUGAUAUUCUUCCCUGUUGUCAACGAGGCCACACGUGUCCUCGACGAAGGAAUUGCUGUUAAGUCAUCUGAUCUUGAUAUUGCUUCCAUCAUGGGCAUGGGCUUUCCUGCUUACAGAGGUGGUGUUGUGUUCUGGGCUGAUUCACUUGGAGCAAAAUACAUCCAUUCCAGAUUAGAAGCCUGGACGAAGAAAUACGGUAAUUUUUUCAAGCCUUCUGCCUAUUUAGCAGAAAGAGCAGCUAAAGGCUUGUCAUUGAGUGCUCCUGCAAGUCAGUCAAAAUCACAAUCCCGGCUUUAGAUUAAUCGAAAUACUGCAGCAAAGAUCUUCAACAAAAAUGAAUAAAAUCAACAAAGGGGACAUGCUAUGUCUUAUCCUUAUUUUUCAUAGUUUUUAAGGCAGCAAAUGUUUGAUAAGAUAAAACUUUUUAUGGACUAAAUGUUGUUAUUUGUGUUAUACUUGAAGCACAGUAUGCAAAUCAAAUGUAAUGUUGUGCCUUAUAUUUUGAGACUUAAGAGUUUUCCUUUUUGAUUUGGAACUCA